UAAGCAUUAAAAAUAAAGAAAAGCACGGGAGGUGGGCCGGGUAUUAUCCCUCUCUUUCUCUCUCCUCCGCUCCCAUAAUCCCAUUCCUUCGUCUUCGCUUCUUCUUCGCCGUCGUCAUCGCCUCUCUCGCUUUCUCUCUCUAUCUAGCUUUUCCUGAUUCGUUAUUAAAAUUCGAUCCCACUCGCGCGUCUUCUUCUUUUCAGCCGGUGAAUUGUCUUCUGGCGGCGCCCGGAAAGGCCGAAGCAAAGAUCUCGAAGAGGAGAGAGGGGGAGAGAGACGGUGGGACCCUCUUCUCCUGCUCUUUUCCCUGAUUCCAUAAGCUUCCAUCACACAACUGGGCACAAAUCGGCUGUUAAGGGCUCAAUGAUGUCGCUGCUGCGGCUUCGGAGGAAUGCGCUGUGGUUCUUCUAGGUCGAGCCUUCAGUCCAUUUUCUUCCGAUCUGUGGCGCAGCACAGGUAUGGACGUAGACUCGUCCAUGUCCGCUGAAUCUGACCACGAUUCAACUGCCGCAAACCUCUAUCAUGAUCCUCAGCCGCCACAGCAUCCACAGCAGCAGCCGGCACCUGCCGCGGUUCCUGUGGCUGGGCCUAGGCCGGCUCCGACGUACUCGGUUGUGAACGCGAUCAUUGAGAAGAAGGAGGAUGGGCCGGGGUCGCGCUGCGGUCAUACGCUCACGGCGGUAGCGGCUGUUGGUGAGGAAGGGACGCCCGGGUAUAUCGGCCCAAGGCUGAUCCUCUUCGGGGGCGCCACGGCACUCGAGGGCAACUCGGCCACGCCACCCUCUUCAGCCGGUAGCGCCGGCAUCCGGCUGGCUGGUGCAACUGCUGAUGUUCAUUGUUAUGAUGUGCUGGGGAACAGAUGGACGAGGCUCACUCCAGUUGGAGAACCACCCUCACCAAGAGCUGCACAUGUUGCAACUGCUGUGGGCACAAUGGUGGUAAUUCAGGGUGGGAUUGGCCCAGCUGGUUUGUCGGCAGAGGAUCUUCAUGUCUUGGACUUAACACAACAACGUCCACGAUGGCAUAGGGUGGUUGUUCAAGGACCUGGACCUGGGCCACGCUAUGGUCAUGUUAUGGCUUUAGUCGGUCAGAGGUUUCUAUUAUGCAUUGGUGGAAAUGAUGGUAAGAGACCUUUAGCUGAUGUUUGGGCGUUGGACACUGCUGCUAAACCCUAUGAGUGGAGAAAGUUGGAGCCAGAAGGUGAAGGCCCACCUCCAUGCAUGUAUGCAACUGCAAGUGCGCGCUCAGAUGGUCUUCUUUUGCUCUGUGGAGGGAGGGAUGCAAAUAGUGUGCCGCUGGCAAGUGCAUACGGGCUUGCAAAGCAUAGAGAUGGACGCUGGGAGUGGGCUAUUGCUCCGGGUGUCUCUCCUUCUCCAAGAUACCAACAUGCAGCUGUUUUUGUCAAUGCAAGGCUUCAUGUAUCUGGAGGGGCUCUAGGUGGUGGUCGCAUGGUGGAAGAUUCAUCAAGUGUUGCAGUGCUGGACACUGCUGCUGGAGUUUGGUGUGAUAUAAAAUCAGUGGUGACAAGUCCUAGGACAGGCAAAUACAGUGCUGAUACAGCCGGUGGAGAUGCUUCAGUUGAACUUACACGGAGGUGCAGGCAUGCGGCUGCUGCAAUUGGCGACAUGAUAUUUAUUUAUGGAGGAUUACGUGGUGGUGUGCUGCUAGAUGAUCUACUAGCUGCUGAAGAUCUAGCUGCUGCUGAGACAACAACUGCUGCUUCUCAUGCUGCUGCAGUUGCCGCUGCCAACAUACAACCCGGGAGAUCACCUGGAGGAUAUACAUACUCAGAUGAAAGGGAAAGGCAGGUGAUCCCUGAGUCAGUUCCUGAUGGUUCAGUAGUCCUUGGUACUCCUGUUGCUCCUCCUGUCAAUGGGGACAUGUAUACGGAUAUCAGCACUGAAAAUGCCAUGCUUCAAGGAACAAGGAGAUUGAGCAAAGGUGUAGAGUAUUUGGUUGAAAACUCAGCGGCAGAGGCUGAGGCAAUAAGUGCUGCUUUGGCUGCUGCCAAGGCUCGUCAAAUAAAUGGUGAAGUUGAGCAGUUGGCUGAACAUGAUGGCGGUCCAGAGGCUACUCCCAGUGGGAAACAAAUGCCAGAUUCGGUAAAAACAUCAGAUUCUUCUAUGCCAACUAAUACCCCAACACUUGGGGUUCGGCUACAUCACCGUGCGGUUGUUGUAGCUGCAGAAACAGGGGGAGCUUUGGGGGGUAUGGUCAGACAACUUUCCAUUGACCAGUUUGAGAAUGAGGGAAGAAGAGUGAGCUAUGGAACUCCGGAGAAUGCUACUGCAGCUAGGAAGUUACUGGAUCGUCAAAUGUCAAUUAAUAGUGUACCCAAAAAGGUCAUUGCACAUCUUCUGAAGCCCCGUGGUUGGAAGCCUCCUGUACGUAGGCCAUUUUUCUUGGACUGGAAUGAAAUUGCAGAUCUCUGCGACAGUGCUGAACGAAUAUUUUCCAGUGAACCAAGUGUCUUGCAAAUUAAAGCUCCUGUUAAGAUCUUUGGCGAUUUACAUGGCCAAUUUGGUGAUCUCAUGCGCUUAUUUGAUGAGUAUGGCGCUCCUUCAACAGCUGGAGAUAUAGCUUAUAUUGAUUAUCUCUUCUUAGGAGAUUAUGUUGAUCGAGGUCAGCAUAGUUUGGAAACUAUUAGUCUUCUUCUUGCCUUAAAGGUUGAGCAUCCUCAUAAUGUACAUUUAAUUCGAGGGAACCAUGAGGCAGCUGAUAUUAAUGCAUUGUUUGGUUUUCGAAUAGAAUGCAUUGAGCGAAUGGGAGAACGUGAUGGAAUUUGGGCGUGGCAACGUAUAAAUAGAUUAUUCAAUUGGCUUCCUUUGGCUGCAUUAAUUGAGAAAAAAAUUAUCUGCAUGCAUGGUGGCAUUGGGCGGUCCAUAAAUCAUAUAGGACAGAUUGAGAACCUACAACGUCCAAUUACAAUGGAAGCAGGAUCUGUAGUUCUUAUGGAUCUUUUAUGGUCUGAUCCAACAGAGAAUGAUAGCGUUGAAGGCUUAAGACCAAAUGCUAGAGGCCCCGGUCUUGUAACUUUUGGGCCUGACCGUGUUAUGGAGUUCUGCAAUAACAAUGAUUUACAGCUCAUAGUCCGCGCACACGAAUGCGUAAUGGAUGGUUUUGAGCGUUUUGCUCAAGGACAUUUGAUAACUCUCUUCUCAGCAACCAACUAUUGUGGUACAGCAAACAAUGCAGGGGCCAUUUUAGUCUUAGGAAGAGAUCUGGUAGUCGUUCCAAAACUUAUUCAUCCUCUGCCACCUGCAAUAGCUUCACCAGAAACAUCACCAGAGCGCCAUAUUGAGGAUACGUGGAUGCAGGAGCUUAAUGCAAAUAGACCGCCGACACCAACCAGGGGUCGUCCGCAAGUCGCAAAUGAUCGGGUUUCUCCCGCUUGGAUCUGAUAGCUCCAUCCUUCUUUUCUCUCAGAUGUUUGUGUAGAUGAUUGGCUUUUGAUUGCCUGGUUAUCUUCGAUUUUCUUGAAGCUCAAGGGGAUUUUUCUCCUCCUUCGCAUCCUCCGGCUGCGGCGAUCGAGGUUAUUGGAGUCUAGAAAGAUAGAUCAGAUUCUCCUCGAUUAGUUUUUUGGAAACUGACCCACUGAUGAUAUAUUAUCAAAUGGUUGGCAGGCACAAUUUCAUUUGAGAGAGCAUAAGUUGGGGGGAGAAGUUUCCAGGUUGCCUGUGUAUAUUCGCCUAUUGGCAGAGAUAGAUAUGUAUGUGUAUGUGUUACUGUUUUUCCUCUCCCCAUCUUCAUAUAUUUGAUGAAUUAGAGGCCUAUUUUAAUUAGGGUAUUCUUUCUUUUUUUUUUUUUUUUGCCCAUUUUCACAUUUACAUGUUAUAUUUUACAGCUGGUGCUGUCUCUUGUAUCAUAGACAAUUGGUAAUCUUGAUGCACAUUUCGUCCUGUAUCUUUUGCUGUGCUGUUAUGUACAUUAUAUUUUGUUUUGUCAGUGUGUGACAGAUUGUUUAGUGUUGAAGACAUGGUUUGUUACUAGCACUGUUUAGUUUA